AACCAAGAGAAAUGAUGUCAGAGGCAUCGCGACCACCGAUUGGAGUGGAGAUUCCUGAGGAGAGCCUAUAAAAAGCCAGGAAAGUCAACAUCAGGAACAAACAAAGGGAGGGAAAAGUGGAACGUGAGAAAUUCAAGGAACUUUCAGCAGCCUGUGUGGGUGAUCAAGACUUGACAAAAGAUGCUGGACUGCAGUUGUGUGCUUCUAUCCUGUCUUCUGAGCAUGACCCUGUUCCAGUGCAGUGUUGACAGCCUGCGGUUGAGCCAGGAGAGUCCAGAGUAUCUUGACCGGAUGCCUCUGGGGGACUCAGACCCACAGCAGGCCUUCUCCAGUGAAGGCAAGGCAGUGCUGACGGCCAAGCUUCUGCUGCUGGACCACAUGGCCCGCCUGGAGAACGAGGUCAUUGAGCCCAAGAGGAAGAGAAGCUUCCCUGGGUCCAACACGCCACUGGAUCGCCUCUCCAUAAGCACCAUGGAUCCUAAGGGCUCCAAGCAGAGGAAAGUGGUAGAGCUACCACGAAGGAGAGUGAGUGUUCCCAUCGACAGGAUUGGAGUAGGUCGUCUACCCAGCAGCCGAGGGUAGAGGGCUCGUCCAAGCCCCUGAUCUAGAUAGGUAUAGAAUGGACACGCCACAAACCGCACAGCACAGCAGAGCUUACAGUGAAACCAUGGAGAACUCUUAACUCAUAAAGUGGAGCCUUAAAAUAACAUCUCUAACAGCACUAGAGACAUGACAUUAAACAAGUGUAUCCCUGUUUGCUUUCUCUGUCUACAGGGAAGCCAUCACAGAAGGAUGAUGCAUGUAAAGCACACAGCCUCACCCCCCCCUGCCUCCUACUUCCAUCAGCCUACAUAUAUUUUGGCAGAAAUGACCCCCCACUCCCUGCCCACCAACACACAUACACCACUCCUUCAGAUACAACUGAU